GGUUGCACACUCGACUCGGAACAGUCACUGUCUGCAACCAGUCCUUCACGUCACCGAGUUGCGCCUGUAUCGCAGCUUUUCUCCUCAUACUAGCUUUGAAUGGAAUACAGCAUAUUUCAAGAUAUAGCUAAAUUAUACUGAAAACAGACGAGCUGUGUUUUUCUCUGUUGGUACUGGUAGAGUAAAAACCUUCAGGACGAAAAACGGAUAUUUUGACGUCGUUGAAACACCGGUCUCUGACAACGUAACUGCUUCGGUUUCAUGUAGGAUUUUUUUUGGAUGGUUCGCUAGUUGUUUGUCACUGACGACGUUUUUUUUUCUUUUUUCUUUAAUUUUUUUUACCGGGUUUAACGUUAGAUGUCGUUCAUUUCAAUGUUGUAGCUUAACAGCCAGUUUCUCAACCGGGGCUCAUUCAGCGACUUUUCAGUUGCUGAACACAAACAGAAACACGGCUUCGGCACUGAGGUAGCAUAGGAGGAGGAAAACCCCCAAAAGUCACAGGAUAUGGAGUCGACCAAAGCUGGCGGCGUAAUAGCCUACAUCAGCUCGUCCAGCUCCGGCUCCAGCUCCAGCCCGGAGUCAUGCCACAGCGACUCCUCCAACGGCAGCUACCAGUCGGCCUCCCCGCCGCACGGCUCUUCGCCCAGCUGCCAGCAGCUGGUCCAGUGGGCCGACCCCACACUCGCCACUGGUGGCCAAAACCUCCCAGGGACUCAGAAAAAUGGACGCUCCUCCUCUGCUGCCAAAUGUGGCAUUACAAAAAUCAAUGGCCUGGUGCUGCUGUGUAAGGUGUGCGGCGACGUGGCCUCUGGUUUCCACUACGGCGUCCACGCCUGCGAGGGCUGCAAGGGCUUCUUCCGGCGGAGCAUUCAGCAGAACAUCCAGUACAAGAAGUGCCUUAAGAACGAAAGCUGCCCCAUCAUGAGGAUCAACCGCAACCGCUGCCAGCAGUGCCGCUUCAAGAAAUGCCUGAUGGUGGGGAUGUCCCGAGACUCUGUGCGCUUUGGCCGAAUCCCCAAGCGUGAGAAGCAGCGCAUGCUGCUGGAGAUGCAGAGCGCCAUGAACAACAUGAUGAACAGCAGCCAGCUGCAGAGCCAGCUGCACGCCAACCACACGCUGCCAAUCGGCAAACCUCUGGCGCCCGUCGCCACAGAAGCUACCUCAGGGACCGCCGGCCCCGCCCCCUCCAGCUCUUCUGCGCCCUCCUCCUCAUCGCUGAGCUCUGGCCAAUCAGAUCCCAGCUGCCAGCCCGAACCUGCCGUCGCCAUGGACACCAGCCCCAGCUCGGCGUCGUUGGGCGGGUUGGACAGCGGCGAGGAGGAGGUGAUUGGCUCGGUGACCCGUGCCCACCAGGAGACCUUCAUGUACAACCAGGAGCCCAGCAGCCUGGCGGCUGUGGCCCCGCCCCUCGCCACGGGCCCACCGAACAGCGCCGCAGCCAACAACACCACUAACCUCCGGGCCGAGGAGCAGCAGGACCACUGGAACCACCACAACAACCUGGUCACCAUGGCAACACAGGACCCCCCGCCCUCCAGCCUGGGGCCUCAGGGCCAGGAGGAGAACAUCAGCAACCACUGCCCCUUCAUGCUGUCCAGGACCACCGCCGCUGCCAGCCACUGUCCCGCCUACACACACGGAGCCUUCGGCGCUGCACCCCCGGAGGGCCCCGCCGGCGGAGCCUACGGGCCUCUGUGGAGAGGAGGGAACAGAAUGCAUCUGGUUUGUCCCAUGAACACCUCUCCCCACGUGGACCCCCAGAGGUCGGGCCACGAGGUGUGGGAGGAGUUCUCCCACAGCUUCACCCCCGCUGUCAGGGAGGUGGUUGAGUUUGCCAAGAAGAUUCCCGGCUUUAGAGACCUGACCCAGCACGACCAGGUCAGCCUGCUGAAGGCUGGCACCUUUGAGGUGUUGGUGGUCCGCUUUGCUUCUCUCUUCGACGUCAAGGAGCGCACCGUCACCUUCCUGGGCGGGGAGAAAUACAGCGUGGACACGCUGAGGGCCAUGGGGGCCGGGGACCUCCUCAACUCCAUGUUUGACUUCAGCGAGAAGCUCACCAACCUGGGCCUCAGCGAGGAGGAGAUGAGCCUCUUCACCGCCGUGGUUCUGGUCUCUGCAGAUCGCUCCGGCAUCGAGAACGUGAACUCGGUGGAGGCGCUGCAGGAGACGCUGAUCCGCGCCCUGCGGAGCCUCAUCACCAAGAAGCACCCCAACGAGUCGGCCAUCUUCACCAAACUGCUGCUCAAGCUGCCCGACCUGCGCUCGCUCAACAACAUGCACUCUGAGGAGCUGCUGGCCUUCAAGGUCCAUUCCUGAAGUUUUCCCUUUACUAGCUGACGCCCCCUACCCCCCCGACACUAACUGCUAUUAAUGGCCUGGGACUGGGACUCCGCCUCUCCUCACCACCCAACCACACCUGCGCCCCCCAGGAGACUUCAGCUUCUGUUCCUUCAGUCCAUGAAUAGAAGUUAAGGCUCCAACCUGACAUUUAAAAGGGGGAACAAGACCAUACCAUGUUAUUGUACUGUAUUGUAGGCUUUUAACGCCUGCGUGAUGGCAUAUACAGACACACUGAUUGAUGUAUAUGUUUUCUUGCGUUUGUGUGUGUAGCAUACUGUAUGUUUGCAACUGUACACUUUUCUGUAUAGUGUAGACUGGUUAUUUUUUUUGCAUUCAUAGUGCAAUAUGUGACUGCUUUUUGGGAUUUUAGCUGUAUAGUUUGGAGUCAAGAAACUUAGUGUAUACUUUCAAUUUGAAUAGAUGCUGUGCUCAUGUGAUGAGGGUGAAGUUGUAGAGUUAAAAAAAAAAAAAAAAAAAAAAAACCCGGACACUGAAUGACUGACUGACGAGGUACAAUUGUCUU